AAGACCGAAGUAAUUUCUUGUAUGUACCUUUUCUGUGGUGUGGUGUGGCUUGCGGCAUUUUUCUGAAUAAUUUUAUUUUGUAUAUUUUUUGGUUGUGAUUUGUUUAAUUUUUACUCAAAUAAUACAAACUUUUUCCCUAAAAUAUUCAUAGUAUAAUAAAUAGAAAAGUUGAUGCUAAAGUUAAACCAAAAUGUGGCACGAAGCUCGGCGUCAAGAACGAAAAAUUCGUGGUAUGAUUGUGGAUUAUAGGAAAAGAGCCGAGCGGAGACAAGAUUUUUAUGAAAAAAUUAAAGCCGAUCCAACUCAAUUUAUACAAUUGCACGGACGUAAAUGCAAAAUACAUUUAGACCCAGCAGUAGCUGCAGCAGGCGACGGCGCCGCUAUCAUAGUUCCAUGGCAAGGACAACAGGACAAUCUUAUCGACCGAUUCGAUGUGCGUGCCCAUUUGGACCAUAUACCAGUGGCUGCGAAGACCACGACGUGCGAGGAAAUCGGAUCCGAUGAAAGGCAAUGUAAUUACGAACGUUAUCGUAUAUUAGCACAGAACGAUUUCUUGAAUUUACCAGAAGAAAAAUUCUUGCAUCAAUUGUAUCUCGAAGAGCAGUAUGGGGCCAAUGCUCAGUUAGAAGCGGAGAAAAAUUUAAGCAAGAAAAAGCAAUCAGGCGCUGCAAUAGCUUACUCGUAUGACGACGCAGAUAGCUCAACGCCCUUCAGCCAUAUUCCCAGUGCGACCACCGUGCAACAAAAUGACGAUGAUAAUGAUUCGGUGGGGUCGGAGAUUGAUAUGGACGUAUCGAUAGAUAUUUCAAAGCUUGACACAUCUCAGGCCCACGAGUUGAAUGCAUGCGGCAGGAACUAUGGGAUGCUUAGCAACGAUUUCUAUUCCUAUCUCACAAAGGAUGUCGACGAAGCAGAUGCAAUUCGUCUGGCUCGCGAGGAGGAACAAGAGAAGAUGAUGCUAAGUGGAAGGAAAAGUAGGAGAGAACGAAGAGCUCAAAAGGAGAGACGUGUUGCCGGGCGGCCAUUGAGUCCGCCCAGCUAUGCUGCAAAAGAGGAAACGACAGGCGAAGCUCAGGAAAAUGAAAGCGAUUCACGAUCACCAUCGCCGGAGAAUUCCGGCAAAAUCACGUACAUAACAUCGUUUGGAGGUGAAGAUGAACUCCAACCGCAUUCAAAAAUCCUUAUUAAUCUUAACAAGGGGAUAAAAUCGAUGGCAGAGAGUAGUUUAUCGCAAGCGGGACAGAUAACGUAUGCUCAGAAGGUCAAAGAAAAUCUCGAAAAGCUUAAACAGGUCAAUGAAAAAAGACAAGAACGUCCAAAGCAGUAUCAAUAUAGAAGUCGAAGUAAAAGUCGCAGUCGUGGGCGGUAUCGUCGGAGUUCGAGUAGAUCGAAACGAAGCAGAAGGAGCCGAAGUAGAUCGCGAGGAAGAAGAUACCGGCGAUCAAGAUCCAGAUCAAGGCGUUCGCCGUCUCGAUCUCAUCGUCGAAAGCGAUAUAGCUCAUCAAGCAGUUCAUCCAGUAAUUCAUCGCCGGAAUAUCGAGGGGAGAAACGAAGAUAUUCACCAAGAAAUCAAAGCACUUCGAAGUCGUCGGGAACAAAACCAUGGCCACCUGAUAAAUUAAUCGAAACUGUGCCAGUUCCUCCUAAAAUUCUUCCUUCUCCAGUGAUCACAGAACCGCCACCGCUGCAGCCGCCUCCAGUGGGUCCUCUUAUGAUUCAGUAUCCCACUUUACCAAUCCGUCGAAAUGUUGCUGCUGCUGCUGCUCAGACAAAACCAGCUCCCGAAAAAGUUAAAAUUGAGCUUCCUCAGCCUCUGCCCGAAGAACCACCACCCAUAAAGAGAUACUAUGGUCGAAAAAAGCCCGGAGAUACGUCGGAUUCAGAUGAAGACACAACUCUUGCUGCAGGCGAAACUGAAGAUGAACACAGUAAUGAUGCCGAACAGGAAGAUCAAGGAUUAAUGGACGUUGAAACAUCCUCUGAUAAAUCCUAUCCGUUCCCCCAUUCAUCUGGCCAGGGGGUAAACUUCGGUCUUGCACCAUCUGGUACUGGUAAACAGAGUAGCAAAAAUCUUCUCACAGCACAUGGCACAAAUCUUUCUAGCUCUACCGAGACCAAAGUAUCAAGUAGUGGCAAUGGAAAUGGAAACAAAACACUCCUUAAUCCAAGGGAGCGGUUAAAACGCAAGAUGCAAAUUCUUCUAAAUAAACAAUAUAAAGCUGAUAAAAAAGCUGAAAUUGAGAAGACUGAACGUCAACUUCAACAGCAACAAGAACGAGAAGAUGAGAUGCGUGAAUUGGCGCUAAAGCUUCGAAGGAGACAAAGAGAACUUCGACACAAAUAUGGUACUCCAAAAUCAAGUGAUGGCAAAACAUCUGAGGAAGAAACGGCCGAUGUAAUAAAAGCAAAGCCCAGAAGUCGUUCAGCAUCUCAGUGUAGUAAAAAAUCUUCAAAAAGUACUAGAAGCAAUUACAGAAAUAGUCCCGAUCGAGAUAGAACCCGAUCCAGACGAAGUUAUAGUCGUGAUAAAUAUCGUGGAAGAACACGCUCCCGCAGUCGAUCAACUCAUAGACAUAGACGAAGAAAUUCACGUUCGAGAAGUAGAAAUCGACGUAGCAACUCUCGCAAACGUAUACGAAGUCCAGAUCGUACAAGGUAUCAUCGUGAUCGUGAUAAUUCUCGUAUUCGUAGAUCUAGAUCAAGAUCUCGAACAAGAAUAAAUCGAUAUCGAGAAACAAAUCGAUAUCAACCUCCUUCAAGAAACUAUGAUCGAGGUGGUGCCGCGAAUUCAACUCAAACUCAAACAAAUGAUAGUGAGAGAAAUAACCGCUACAGAGUUGUUAUUUCAGCUCCGCCGAAGUUAAAAAAGCUCGUCGACUAUUGAAAUAUUAAAAUUCUCUAUUUACCAACUAUAAAGUUCAUAUAAUGAACUGCAUGUGUAACUGUAAAUACAAAAAUAAAAAGAAAUAACUAAAUUAAA